AUGUCGACGGCCGAGGAAAAGACGACUUUUGGCGUAACCAUCAUACGCGCCGACUCGCCCGACGACGAGUCCGCUCCGCUCGCCGGAACCGUCGCUGCGCCGCCCCCUGCCCUCAACACCAAGCCCAGCGUUAUCUCAGAGGAGACGUCGCUCAAGUCACCCAACUACGAGAGCGCCAACCCCUUCAGCGCAUUCUACCAGCACCCCGAGAGCCGCUCGCACCUCGAAGUCAACCGUCCGCUCGCGCCCAACGCCAACGACCUCGAAGCCGGCUCACACAAUCCCACCACCUUUCCCACCCUGAGCGCCGCGACGACGGCCACGCAACCCAAGGUCAGCGUCGACGGCCGCGUCAAGGAGUGCACUGUCUGGCCGACCAAGCAGACGCUGCGCGAGAAGGCCAAGCAGGAAAAGUACAAGGACCGAUCAUGCCGGUGGUGGGGCGACCUGAGCCGGAAGCAGAAGAUGUGGAUCAAGAUCCUCAUCGGGCUGACGAUCGUGGCGCUUGCGGUGGGUUUGAGCGUCGGCAUCUCGAGAGCCGUCGGUGGCGGUGUCUGGACCGGCACGGGCGAGAGCCACACCAUUCCUAAAGACGACUGA